AUGGCCACCGCCUACGAGCAGUGCAUCGCGGCGAAGCCCAAGGCCUUCCAGAUCCUGCCAGUGGAGCUCAAUCAGCAAAUCGCCUUCUACAUUGAGUACGACAAGGACUUGGCCAACCUUCGCGCCUCAUGCCGUGCCAUCAGGGAUGCCAUUGAUGAUGGCGAUUCUCUAUGGUUCAAGAGGUUCCAUGCGUUGUACGAUCCUCCCUCGGGCUUUGAGACCAGCUCGCCAGGCUACAAGGCCCUGCUCCGCGAGCUGUACCAGAAGCGCGCCAGGCUCCUCUUUCACCCCACCCGCUUCAGGAUCGGCAACACGAAGAAGGAAAAAGAGACUCUGAGGCUCGUCGCUGGACUUCUCAACGACUCCUACAAUGGCCCUUCCACGGUCCGUCGGGUGUACGACAGCGGUGAGUCGAAAAUCACCUGCCACAACAUAGAGGUGUUCAAGACGUUCGUCGGUCGCUCGGGCCUCAUCGAGCACCUGUUCCGGCCUCGUCCCACCAGGAACCACAAGGCGAACGGUAACUGCGAUCCGGCAACGAACAAGUACAGCCAUGCCCUUGCCGCUGUUCAGCUCAUGUGCGCGCCUACGAUCCUCAAGCACCCUGGAAACAUCUAUGGGUUCGAGGACUCACAGGUUUGGGCAUACGCCACCAUCAAAACCGCUCCCAUCUUUGGAGGCUACAACAAGACUAUGAUCAACAUGGAGUGGGUUCUUCACGUCAUGAACUUCUUCAAGUUCCACAUCGGGAAGUCUGAUGAGAACACUCUCUUUGACCCUUUCAACAGCCUUGCGGCGUCUGAAAAGCCUUCCUACUGGCAAGGUCCUCUCCACAAUGGACCUGCGAACUUGGGUGUCCACUGGAAGGGCACUUACUCUUACUUGGAUCGCGAAGAGAUGAAGCAGAUUCGCUCUGGUAUUCGCCAGGAAAGAGUCCUCAUUGAUCGCAACGUUGACCACGGCGAGGCCGCGAUUCAGACCAUGAACAUCACCUUCCCUGACAGUACCAACUUCCAUUGGCCUGAUGUGUUCGAGCACCACCUGAAGUCCAUCACCUCCAACGACCAGCCCCCUCGUACCCGUGCUCAGCGUCGUUCUGGCGAGGACUUCCAGUUCCAACGCUUCAACCAGCGCUUUCAGGCCGUCGGCUACGACGAUGAAGACUUCGAUGCCGCCGGCUGGCUGAACGAGCUCCCCAAUCAGCACGGAAUUUCUGGAUGGAAGCGCAUGACCAUGAUGAAAUACUUUGAGGACGGCAAUGGCGGUUGGGACAGCAACGCACUGUGGGCUUAUGAGGGUGUCGUGCUCCCCGGCGGCCGGAUCAUGCUUGGUCGUUGGUGGAGCCCCGAGAGCCCCGUUCCGAAUCGCGAGGUGUACACCGGCCCUUUCAUCUUCUGGAACACUGACGCUGCCUGUGAUCGCAUCGGCUGCGAUUUUCACCACCCUUGA